UUCUGGUGUUCUUGGAAACGUCAAAGAAAGACAGACUCACUCCAGUCCAAAAUGUCCCUCUUGGCUGUUGUCCUUUUGUGCAUGUUCUGCACCGUGACCAAUGAGGCUUGCGGUGAGUAUUAAAAAGCUUAGGGUGCUUCCAGAGGGAAGCCAAUGGGUUGUUGAGGUUUCACAAGCAGGUUGUUGGAGACAAGGUCUUCAGAAACCAAAUGGAUUUCCUACUGGGAAGGGUAAAUCUGGACUAAAUGGUGUGUGUGUGUGUGACAUGGGUGGGCUAGCAUUUUAUGAUAACAGUGUUGCAAGGAUGCUGCAAAAAACCUUGAAUCAAUGAGGAGCACUUGUCCCAUGAUAUAUACCUGUCUGUAAGCACCCUUAGUUACCACAGAGCCCCAUUCAAUGUGGGUAGGAUUUAAAAGGUGCUUCCACAAUACUUAUAGUGCUGAUAGAAGUGGCAGAAGUCAUUCCUGCAUUCUUUUAGAUGUAUCUCAAAAACACUGGGGACGCGGGUGGCGCUGUGGGUAAAACCUCAGUGCCUAGGACUUGCUGAUCGUAUGGUCGGCGGUUCAAAUCCCCGCGGCGGGGUGAGCUCCCGUCGUUCGGUCCCAGCUCCUGCCCACCUAGCAGUUCGAAAGCACCCUUAAGUGCAAGUAGAUAAAUAGGUACCGCUUUAUAGCGGGAAGGUAAACAGUGUUUCCGUGUGCUGCGCUGGUGCUGGCUCGCCAGCUGCAGCUUCAUCACGCUGGCCACGUGACCCGGAAGUGUCUUUGGACGGCACCGGCUCACGGCCUCUUGAGCGAGAUGAGCACGCAACCCUAGAGUCGGACACAACUGGCCCUUACGGGCAGGGGUACCUUUACAAAAACACUAGUGUUCAAUCUACUAGGGAACAUGAUUUAUUUUCAUUAGCCAGUUUAUUAGCAUGCUCCUGAUGUUUUUACUGAAGCUAUUAUAGUAGUAUUGUACUUUUAUAUUUUCCAUGAGAUUGCAGUUUAUAAAUGUUUAAAUAACAUUAAAAAAAAAUGUGUGUUGUCAUAAGUUGAAAAAUUAGGUAAGUGCUCUGGGGACAGUUGUUGCUUCUUCAUGAACAUCUGUUUUUCUUGGUUCCAGCUGUCCCCAGUGCUCAGCAGUGGCUGGUUACAGGUCUCCAGACACAGCUAGAAAAUGGCGUGAAGCAGCAGAGUUCACCCAGUCCAAGCGUCGUGAUGGCUUUGAACCUGGCUAGGGGUCGAGAUUCCACAGCAACAAAGCGGUUGAUCCAGGAUAUCAAGGGCAUAAAAGGUAGGAUGUCGAGAAUGAGAGGUGUCAGCUUCCCCUAGUUGUCCAACUGGAGCACUAGAGGUUUGUGAACCAAGCCAUGUUUGUUUGGAGACACAUUAUCUGUCUUUCCCCAUCUCUUUCUGCAGAGAUGACCUCUGGCAAAGUGGCGCUUUAUGUCCUAUCUCUCCAAUCAUCCUGUGUGGAUCCGAAGGAUGUCCCCACAGCAGGGGGACAUGUCAACGUGGUCAGUGCCUUGGAAGAAAAAACCAAUGAAGAGAUCAAACAUUACUGUAAGAAGACAAAUGCCUGCUGAACUCCUCCCAUCCUUCCAAUGUUAGGCUGUGUCCUCUCCCAGCUCUUGCAUGGAUGGUGGCUCUCAGCUGACUGGGUUUGAGAUGCCCGAAUCCUUCAGGAAUGUCUCCCUGAUAUGCUACCAAUAAAAUGCCCUUGGAUGUGCUCCCAAAACACUGGCUACUUACAACAACCUAGUGCAGUGGCUCCCAAUGGGUGGUCCACAGAUGCCAGGGGGGUCCGUGUAACCCACCCAGGGGUCCAUGGCACCAUUCACAGAACAACAACUACCAUAGAGGUAUCAACAUUUUCAAAAGCAGGGGGUCCAUGGCUUGGCUUUUGGAAAACAGGGGGCCCACUGUACUUAGCUAAUUGGAAACCACUGACCUAGUGUGACUGAAGCUAGCACCCAUCUUUGCCAUUUGAGGAUAGCCACAUCCCUAGACAUUAUAAGGACCCCAAAGAGCAUUGGGCUGAGCAUGGCAGCCUGCUGUGGUCAGGAAGCAGCUGCAAUGGAUAAUACACAGCUAUGUUUGUUGCAGAUGACACUGGAACCCCCAAGACUACCAACUAUCAACUGGCUCUAGAUAUCCUGGCCCUGUGUGUGGAAAAGAGUCCGGAUGCCAAAAAUGCUGCCGCCACCCUCAUUAAGAUCGUCAAAGGCUGCCAGAGCAAGGGCUGCUUCGACGUAGGUAAGAUUACCACACUUGUACAUAUUUUUUUUAAAAAGUAAUUUUCAGUUUUACAUUUAUUCUGCCCUUUCUCCAAGACGUUUAGUCAGGACAGUGUACACACUUAUCCUUGCAAUAAGUAAGCCACAGUGGGGUGAGAUGGUGACUUGCCCAAGGUCACACAUGGGGAGUUUCAUGGCUUAGUGGGGUUUGAGAGUCAGGGACUCCUAGUGCAAAAUCCUGCCGUGCGGUGCAAUUUGACCUGCUUCCUCCCAGCACCUGCUUUUCAGCAGCUUUCAUGCUCAGCAGCUGCAGGGCUGACCUCCUUCACCUUGCCUAGUGUCCCUUCCGUGGGUCAUCCUUUGCUGAGCAGGACAUCAGAAAGAGAGAUUUGCCCUGGUGCUCCCUAUAGUCUCAGUAGGCAAGGCUAUUUGUCUAGAAAAAAGAGGUGACGGAACUUGCCGUGAACACCUACUUCGUUCUCUUAGAAUGGCAAUGGUGCCCACCUGAGAGGUGCCAGGACUGAGUUCUGGCAAGUUCCGGUUGAAUAAAAGCUCUGUCGGUAGGCAAUGAUGACGUGUGAUUUGCAGAUACUGCCGCCAUGGUGGCUUUGGCACUGACUUGUGUGCAUGACGGAAUGAGCAAGGGGAGCAAGAUGGAGGGAGCCAUUACUGAGACGCUACAUGUGAUCACAGCACAAAUCCUUGACUCACAACAGGAGAGUGGCAUCAUUGGAAACAUCUAUAGCACUGGGCUGGCAAUGCAGGUAUGUCUCUUGCCGUGCAUCAGAAGAUGAAGCAAGGAGUGUGUGUGUGUCCCAUUGCCUUCUCUCCACUGCAAGCUUCUCUCUCUUGCUUGCUUUCCAGGCACUCAGUGUUACCACUGAGUUCUAUCCUGCUGGGGCAUGGAAAUGCACCAAGACCAUCGAUGAAGUGCUGAGGAAGAUGUAUGAGGGAGCCUUUACUAAUCCUGAGGCGGGUUCUCAAAUCCUGCCUUCUCUAGUGGGCAAAACAUACUUGGAUGUUGCGACUCUGAAUUGCUUCUCAGGUAAGGCUGCACCUCGCUGAGUGUUGACCUGAGCCAAUGCAAGAGCAGCAUACAAGUUCCUAAAGGUCUUGAACUGCAUAUAGGAAAGGCAUAUAGGAAAGACAAGGCCUAAAUUAAUCUGUUUUCUGUUUUCCAACAUAACCUUUUCAUGCUGCUAUGAAAAAAGCCAAGUCGGGUUGUCAGCUUUUUUCCUUGACAUAUCUCCUGCACCUCUAACAGCUGCAUGGCAAAUCUAGUUUCCCUAUCAUCACUAAAUUUCCUUGAUAGAAAAACUUGCACUGUAUCUGUCGAGCAAUGAAUAAAGGCACUGUGAGAAGUGAAGUUACAGGGAACCAGGCAGAGGGCCUUCUUGGCAGUGGUGUCUGCCCUGGUGGAAUGCCCUCCCAUCAUUGUCUUCUAAAAGUCAAACAGGGAGCUUUUUUUAAUGUUUGAUGUUUUUAAUAUUCUGUUGGGAGCCGCCCAGAGUGGCUGGGGCAACCCAGUCAGAUAGGUGGCAUAUAAAUAAUAAAAUUACUUUUACUACUACACAAUAAGUAUGUUUGAUAUGCAAAUGUUGGAAGUGGCAUUGGGGAUAGUCCUUUCAUGCACGCCCCUCCUGCACCUGUUCGCUUGAAUGCAUGUGCAGAGCUUAUGACAAGAAAAGGCACUAAUAGUGCAGUGGUAAAGCUUCAGCUCAUUUUCCCAACAAGGCUUAGAUCAUGUCAUGGGCUCCCCUCUAGCUCUGGGACUACAGGACUGGCUUUAGGUAUUAAGGGCAUCAUGAGGUAUCUGCUUUCUCCUGUCUUUUUGCACAGAUCCUAACAUUACAGUGCACUACACUGUAAUCAAUCAGCUAAUAGGACCCUAUUUCAACUACUCCAUAACAGUGAAGGUGCCCAAGGGCUCCAUACUGCUUGCUGCCUUGGAAGCUGCUCAGCGUGUUAAUCCCACUAUAUUCAGGUAAAGAAGGGAGGCCUGGCAGGGGUGUGUGAGCGAGUGUGUCAACUCUAACAUUUCAUGGGGGCGGUGAAACCCAGGAUGCAAAAUUGUGAAAAUUUAUUCUUUAAAAAUAAGCUAAUACCAUGAUUUGAGGGACACUGAAUAUCAUUUUUAAACACUAGAUUUUGGUGAAUUGUUUCCCACAUUUCUGAAACUUUUGGGACACUUCCCUUAAAAAUUUAUUUCGGAAAUUUAUUCCCCCUUAAAUGAUAGAUUUCCCCUUUUAACUUACAGCUUUCAAACAGAAUCAACUUCCUGGGGGCCCAUGGUUAUUUCUAUCCAUGGUGUCAAUGGCAGCACCGAUGACAAGACCUACUGGCAGUUCUUGAGUGGCGACAAACCCCUUGACCAAGGUGGAGUGUCUGAUGAAGAAAUCUUUUGACUCUAAAGAAAUACAAAAUGGCCGUUUGCAGUCACAAGGGAGCAUGUUCUCCAGAUAACUUCUGCAAUUAAUGGCAGUAUUUCCUCUAUUAUGUUUGAAUUGUUAGUAGGACAGAGAGCAAAACCAGCAGCAGGGCUAUACCUGUGUUGUUCAUAUAUACAAUUAAAGUGGCAAGGAGCAAGGGGGACCAUUAAUAUUCAAAUCUCACCUAUUAAUAAAUGGUGAGACGCAAGACAAGAUCAAGGGAGUUGCCUUGGCAGUGACUGGAGUCCAUGGGUACAGGCUAAAGAAGGAGGUUAGGGAGACAGAUGCUUUAGUGAGGUUACCAGCUCAAAAGCUGGUGUUGCUCAGGAGCUGGAUUUGAAUGAUAUCCGAGAUAACUUUUAUUAUUAUUUAUUUCAUUUAUAAAUUGCUUCCCAUGAGUCACUGUGAAGUGAUUUACAAAAUCAUAACAUGUUAUGUGUGAUGUAAAAAGAGAUAAAAUUGAUAACAGAUAUAAAAAAUAAUUACUAGAAAGUUUAAUAUAACAACAGUACAUACAAAUAACAAUACAAUUCAGAUCUAGAACAGAUACCAACUUGUAUAAAGAGAUUAGAAGACUUGAUUAAAGAGGACAUCUGAUAUCCAAUGGGAGUCAAAGUCAGAUAUGAAUACUAAGCUGAGGCUUGAGGUACAGUAGCAAGGCAAAAAGGAUAUGACAUAGAGAAGGCUGUGAAGCAGAACUGGGAUAAUAAAUUUAUUUAUGUAGUUCACCUUUCAUGUGCUCUCCCCGCAGUGGCAGGUUCUCUGUUUUUCAUCUUCAGCUGAUGGUACACAUCCAGCAUAAAACAAGCAUGUGCUAGCUACAAUGUUGAAGGCAGUAGUCAACAAAUGUAUCUGAUGGGAAACUGACUCCUAUGCCUGCAGAUUCCUGCAUUUCAGGGGGUUGGGCUAGAUGACCCUUGGGGUCCCUUCCAAUUCUAUUGUUUUAUGAAAAAGCUGUAUUUCCAAGCUGUAGAGCACUACUUACUUUUCAACAUCACCGCUUUGUGUCUCCAGGUGUUGGCAGCUACAAGCCCACGGACAAUGAACAUAUUGUGGCCAAAUUCAGUACAUACUGAGCAACCAGCUGCCAAUAGGAAGAACUACUUCAAAUAAAUAUUUACCAAAGUAUAGUUCCUGCUCCAGGUUAAAGAGAUGUGUCAGCUUAUUUGAAGAUGCAACAUUCAGCCAUGCUGCAUGCUACAUAAGAACAUAUGCACUAUCUUGUAGUUCUGACAAGUUAUAAAUAAAGCAGUUGGAUUCCUGUGUAUCAUACUGUGCAUAUUUCAGAUUGUUCUACACCUUGUUAUCAAUUUCAGUUAAGCACUGAUUUCAUUUAUAUUCACAAAGUAAGAAUGGUCUAUGCCAGACAAAAAUAGGAGUAAAUAUGAUUUCUGUCUUUUGCUUCCUUCUAUAUUGGACAAGAUAGUAUGCAGAUAUGGAAAAAC